AUGAAGGAAGCAAUCGUGCUUUAUCCUUCACCGGCCAUCAGCCACCUCAUCGCCUUGGUGGAGCUCGGCAAGCUCCUCCUCACCCACCGCCCUUCCCUCUCCAUCCACAUCCUCGGCACCAACCAAGCGUACGACACCGGCUCCACUACCGCCUACAUCGCCUCUGUCUCUGACACUGUCCCCUCCAUUGCCUUCCACUACUUCCCUGCCACCACCCUACCCCCAACUUCUCCACCAACUCCCCCAACUAUAAGACCCUCGCCAACGAGCUCCUCCGCCUCAACAACCCCAAUGUCCGCCGCGUCCUCACCUCUAUCUCCGAAAACCAUGUCGUUCACGGCCUCAUCAUCGACUUCUUCUGCGUCACUGCUAUCGCCACCACACUUUGCCAAGAGCUUUAAAGACUUUGACGCCCCCAUAGAUGUCCCGGGCUCACCGCCUAUACCGCCCUCUGAUGUUGCGAAGCCAAUGCAGGAUCGCUAUGACAAGGCCUACUCAUCCCUGGAGAUGCAGACUUCUGCUGGGAUCAUAGUCAACGACUUCAAAAAGCACGCAGCCCAGAGCUAUACGAGCCAUCUUGAACGGCGAUUGACGGAAAUAGCCACGGGGCUGGAGAGGAGCGGUCAACAGUUCUUGUGGGUGGUCCGUCACCCGACCAAGGACAAGAACCAAAAGGCCACCAUGUCGAUAAUAUCCGACCCGGACUUGGUCUUGUAA